AUGGCUUCUCCCGGAGCGCGGCCGCCUCAUCAGACUCACGUUCCGCUUCCGACACAUCCAGGCAUUCUCUGCACCCAUGUUCCGAUUAUGGGUCUUUAGUUGGUGCUUGUUGUUGCUUUUGGGCGCUCGAUCUGCGACGGCUGGCUCGUUCGGUACAUGCUUUUGCCGGUGAUGUUUAUGAUUUGCCUCGCCAUGUCUUGUUUCUUUCAGGAGAUUAUUUGCGUGGUAGUUUGCUUGUUUCUGAUUGUCUGCUUCGGCGUGGUCCUUGGAUCUCAUGAGAACCUUGCCGUAUUGUGGGAUCGUAGGCCUGGUGUCUACGUGUACACAGUCGGGAGGAUCGUUGCAUCCUUUUUUGCGUGUGGAUAGCAAGUCCACUUGAUUCUCCAUAUGUUUGACGUCCGAAUUAUGUCCAUAAAGUUCUCGUUGCUUUCCCAUUUUUCCGUUGUCUAGGGUUCGACGGUGACCUUGACUUAGGCGUCGCAAUCUGAUUUUCAUACCUUUCAACCUGGGAAAUGAGAUUAUCGGCUGUUCUUUUUUUCGAGCGUGAUAAACCGUAGAUUUUUUUUUUGUUUCUUGGAUUUGACACAACCUGUAAUUUGGCUUGCCCGAACUUUUUCUUAAGUGGCUUUCUCCUUAUUAUUUCUUUAUUUGUCUAUUCAUGGACUGUCUCAAGACUUUAAAUAUGGGUAAUAUUUACAAAGGUACAUUACUCAAAAUUUUGGUUUGGCCUGUAGAUCGCAGUGGCUUAAAUUUUGUAUGAUGUUUACUGUGAUUUUUUGGUAAUAUCCAAUCGAGCCAGAUUUUUAUUUUUAAGAGUAUGAAAAAUUCGAAAUCCUAGGAAGAGCGAUUACAGCAUGAGUUCUACUCGUGUUUCAGAAACCGGAAGGAUUGUCACCCGAGCAUGAAAUUGAACAUGCAACUGGUGAACAGUGGGAGGGGAAACUUUAAUCAAGAUCUCUAGAAAUACUGUAGUAAAAUGCUACUUUUCUCGCUGUUGGUUUAUUUGCAUAUCAUCUUUAUCUUGUUUAUCCUCACCUUAUUGCUUCCUUAUUGACAUCCUUUUGUUAUUGUUCUUGCGUUCAUCUCCAUUGUAGGGGAUAAGGUCUUCGGUGAGAAUCCCCUGCUAGUUCCAAUACACACUGUUACACAUGCAUCUCAGCUGCCAGCAGAUUUCCUGGAGCCCUCUCUUGAAAGGCAGUUGGUAAUUGGUUUUGACUGUGAGGGUAUUGAUCUAUGCCGCAGUGGAACACUUUGCAUCAUGCAGGUAGUGUAUCUUACUUCGGAGCUUUUUUCUAUAGACGAGAGGCGUUUCUCUAUUCAAAUGGUGUAUGCAUACCAUCUAAUUCCGAUCAAAUUCUCCAUUGUAAUCUGCAACUAGUUUAGAGUGUUCUUCCUGUAAAAUAACGGAAGUAUCAUCAUUUCUUAAGAGAAUGAUGUCACUUCACCCUUUCACAAUCAUUAUAUGGUAAUUACUAUAAUCAGAAUGCAGCUUAGCACCAGCUUUUUAUAGCAUUGGAACUGCACUCGCUGAUACUUGGGUUAUUCCGAAGUAGUGCCCAUCAGAGCAAUCAUAAAGCCGAUUGCUAUGCCUUUUUUUUGUGAACUUGUGGUAUUGCUCCUUGAAAGUUGCAUUCAUAUGAACAUAUUGCAUCAAGGAAUGUGGAAUUUAUUUGGGCGUAAGAAUGACUUGUGUGAAUAUACUGAUCCAUCUUCUUGUACCUAUAAACUCUUAUGACAAACGUUCCUUUGCUCGGGUUAUUUCCUGAGCGAGAAAAGACAGUUUGGGGGCUUAAGCACGAAUUUUGAUAGGCAUUUGCCUCAUAAAAUAAUUUUUGUAACAUUGAUUUUAGAUAACCAUCCUUUGAAUGAUACAGGUAUUUCGUAUUCCCUCUACGCAAUGGUUAAAAGCAAUACGCAUUACAAUUUUUUCUGCAUCAGAAGAAACUCUGAUUAUGAUUAUAAGUUUGCGUCUUGCAGUUAGCAUUUCCAGAUGCAGUAUACUUGGUUGAUGCCAUUGAAGGUGGGGAGGCAGUUGUCCAAGCUUGUAAGCCUGCACUUGAGUCUAAUCAUGUCACUAAGAUCAUUCAUGACUGCAAAAGAGAUAGUGAGGUGUAUGAACGCAUUGCAUUAUUUUUCUGUGCUUUAUUAUGUACACACUUUAAAUUUGCCACCUAUUUUUACCACUUCAUGAUUUGGUUUUUGCUUCAGGCACUAUACUUUCAAUUUGGAAUCAAACUGCAUAAUGUUAUGGACACCCAGGUCAGUAUCACCGGUUUUCUAGUAUUUUUUUUUCUCAUUGAAAUUUUCGUCCUUGUAAUUUAAAUACGAGGUCAAUCGUGUGUGAUGGUUCACAAUAUCAUCGUAUGAAUAUAGGGAGCAGCCCUCCCACCAUUUCUGAGAGACAAGUAUGAGACGCAGAUGCAAGCAGUGAUUUUUCUUUCUGAAGCUGGUCACGAAAUGUAGCUUUUCUUUUUUUCUGGGCAUUUCACUUUGCAUUAUUUACUGUAACCAUAUUGCCUUAUGUUCUAAUCUCAUGGCAUCCAUCUGAUGGGAUUUGGAUCUACUGGAGCAUUCCAAGAUUUGGCGAAGAUUUUAUUUUCUGGCUACUGAUGCAAUAAUUUUUUUUUUGUGGAAGUUUCUUUCGCGAAUCAUUUGACUGCUUUUAUUCUGAAACGACCCUACUCUGAAGAACAUCGUAAUUUGGAACCUGUAUGCUCCCUCAGUGGCUGAUAUUUUCAGUGCAUUGCUUUCGUAGGUUGCAUACUCUCUAAUAGAGGAACAAGAGGGAAAGGAACGAUCUCUAGACCACAUAUCCUUUGUAAGCCUUCUUGCAGAUCCACGCUAUUGUGGUACUACUUCUUACCAUAAUCUCCAUUUGUCUAUUCCUUCUAUCUCAGGCUGGAUUUGAUAAAAAAAUCAUGAAUUAAUUUCAAAUCUGUCCCUGGAAAUGCCCUCUUGAACAUCCACACCCCGUGUGUGCACUCAGAAGAAAUAGGAAAUAAAUAAAGGACGAAAGGUUCGCUGCUAAAGACUUGGCUGAAUUUUUUAAAAACCAAAAGUAAGCCGGAUGGAAUGACUUUGUAAUUUCAUCAUUAGAGGGUGCAAUUCAGAGAUGUUUGAUUCAUUUUAUACUAAGUUUCAUUCAUUAACAGUCCAAUCACUAUGAGGAGCGUCAUUAACUGAUUUGCCUAUUGGGAUGCUUGUUAUGUGGCAUUGUUGGAUUGUGAUUUGAAUUUAAUUUUUCACGUGGUAGUGACUAUGUAAAGAAAGUUUCUGUGGUUUUCGUAAACCUCAGAUUCCUUUCUAUAUAUACUUCCACUUUUCACUCCUUCUGUUUGCUGCUAAAAGGCAUAAAAAAAACAGGACUUUUGAGAUUGAGUUUGUGCGUGUAGCAAGAACACUAUUAAUUGAAAUAAGGAAAGAAAAUAUAAAAUGCCUUUUUACCAGAAUAAGAAGCCUACUAAAAUGUCUUGAUGCAUUGUAUCAUCAGAAUGUACAAUGACUAUUUACAACUGCGGUCUAAUCAAGAAAAGUUUUCCUCUUUCAUUUCCUGCAUCUUAAUAGCUAAUGAGGCUUACAUACGUCUGCUGCAAGCAUCUGCUCUUUAAUUUUCUUGAUGGGUCUUUUGAAGAAAUCAGCAAAUUCCAUAUAAGAGUUCUGAAAUCUCCUCUUGUUCCUUUCGCACCAACUUGUCCAUAACAUAGGGAAUAAAAAGCUAUGGUGCCGUCCCUGAACUGAUUGGACAUGUCUUUAACCAUUAUCCGUCGUGUUGUAAUUUCCGUCAACAUUACCAUGGUGUUAAUCCGUGCUUCGGAAUAUAUGGUUUCUUUAUAAUAUUAACUACACCACAAGCAAUAGUUAACAACUGUUUCCGUCUGAGAGCCACAGGUUAUGCAGUUGGCGUUAACUAUUGGCCUGUUCUUUUUAUUCUACCACCUGAAGUCUUUAAGGAACGAAGGCAUUGAUUAACCACUUACGUAUCGUUUUAGUUAUUUUUAAAAUAAUUUUAUUUGAUAUUUCAGGUUUUUAAAGACUUCAACAGAGACGUUAGUCGUUUUUUUCAUUCUUAUACUAUUUUUGUACAUUUCUCCUAUCAUUUUCAGAUUUAUUUCUUUUUUGGUCAUUUUUGUGAUUUUUUUCUUCAACUACUUUCUGUGUGAUCAAUGCAUGGAUCAAUUGGCAGUAUGUAUUGAUCUUGUUUUGGCUCAUUAUCUGUAAUUAUAUUUUGGCAAUAUUGAUGCAGGUAUCUCCUAUGAUGAAAAGGAAGAGGUGCGCAUUCUUAUGAGAAAGGUUAGUCCAGCAUACAAUUUACGUGGAAAAAUUAUCCCCUAACUUUGUGAAUUAUGAAGCCAUGUACCAUGGUUAUAUUGUGAUGUUGGUCCGUAGAUAUUUGUUUAUGAAGAUCGGUGUAUUUUUAUGAUCAACUGUAUUUGAUACAGUAAACCUAAAUGAUUUGGACGUGGACAUUGGAAAGCACUCUGAUAGAAUUGAUUUGAAAAAGUUGCAGUAUAGACAUGAAAGUUAAUCCUUGAUAAAAAUCAAUCUAUAUUCAUUCUUGGAGCCCUGUGAUAUUACCCUUCAGCACUACCUGUACAUUAUCAGUAAUUGAGUAACAUUUGUUAUUUGGGAAUCUAUGGUAUUUUUCUAUGCUUCACUAUCAUUAUAUUCAUCGAAUUUCUUCCAGAGCUAUCCGUUGGAAUAUCUUGAAUUAGGAAGAAGUCUCUUUGUUUGUUGAAUUUUAACUUUUAUGGAUACAUGACUUGCCAUCGUCCCACACUGAGUAUGGUUUUAAUGUGAAUCUGGCUUACUCAGAUCGAAAAUGACGAUUUCCUCAUGGCAGACGUACAAAUCCCAUGGAUUUUUCUAUUGUUGCCCCCUCGGAGUGAAACCUAGUACAAUCCCCUUGCCAAGGCUGGUCAUGCUAACCAAAACGUCCCCCCACCCCACCCUCCACAUGCCAAGCUGCAGAUGAGUGAUGGAGAAGGGAGAACUCUUCCUCCUAUUGAUGAGUACUUCGUCUUUCUAAAUAAUACAUCAGGGUAUCCCAGUGAAUAUAUCAUGGAUGUCUGCAGUUUCAAAUGUCCUCUGUCAGUUUCCUAGAUCUAAUAUAACGUAAACUUUAUGGGGUUUUAUUCCCUAAUUAGUCCACGGCACCUUUAGACUUUCAUUAAUUAUUUCCAUGGAAUUUUAUUCUUUUCUAUCUGCUUCAUAUCACCAUGCUUCAGAUGCUAUAUGCGUUGAGAACUUCCGCGAAAUCUAUCACUACCCCUUCUGUGCAUACUCCAAGAAAUGUCUCAGAAUUGAGAUUCCAGCUUUACUGACAGGAUCCAGGAUUCUGGGCCUAUAGGCCCUUGUCCGAGCUCAUGGUCCGCACAGCUGCUGAUGACGUCCGCUUCCUCCUGUAUAUCUACAACAAAAUGAUGGAAAAGCUCAGCAAUCAGUCCCUCUCGCUUCUGAAAGUCCGAGGAUCCCUAUACUGCCGUUGCUUCUGCCUCAACGAGAACGAGUUCGCUGAUUGGCCCCCCGUUCCCCCUAUCCCAGGUUCCCAAUCUCUAUUGAGGGGCCACACGGUGAGAGAUUCUCAGAUGUGUCGGACCAUGAAUGCUGACCCGAGGUUGUGGUGUUGCAGGUGGCCUGUUCGCUGACGGCUGCCUACCCGAAGAAGAGAUACUCUCUGUGUUGAAUGUCCCUCCGGGGAAGAUGGGGCGCGUCAUUGGGAAGAGAGGGGCGUGCAUCUUGUCAGUCAAACAGUCUUGCAAGUAAGCUCCCGCUGGGCCCUGAUCACAGCAAUAUGAUCACCCCUUUCCCAAAGCAGUCUUUUCUCAUGCCCAGUCCUGAUGCAGUGCCGAAAUUUUCCUUGGAGGCGACAAGGGCCCCCCCGACAAGGUCAGCUCCUUCCAUGUCGAACAUCAUUUACUUCUUUUAAUGGCUUUCCAGAGAAAGGUAGAGGGAUAGAGAGAGAGAGAGAGAGAGGUGAUCGGUGUGUAGUCACAGGAUUAUGAGGCAUCUCCCAUAAAGAAGAUGCUCUCUAUAAAACUCUCAUCUGAAUUGCUUCCUUUUAUACUUGUUUGCAUAUGGGUGGGUACCAAUGGACUUGGCCCAGAUAUUUUACUAAGUCACGACACAAAACAGGCCCUCGCCCACUUACCCUCCAGAGGAUCCCAUUAGAUAGAUAGAGAGAGAGAGAGAGAGAGAGAUAGAGCAUUGGGCCGGGGCAUAUUUGGCGGCCUUCAGACUUUUCAGAGAAGGCCUAUUUGGUUUUUGCAGGUCUUCAUCAUAGGGCCCGUGAAGCAGGUGCGGAAAGCGGAAGCCAUCUUUCGUGGUCGGAUGCUGGACUUGUGGUGA